GCUUCGCUUUUCCCUCCACUCCACCCUCUCUCCUCUCCUCUCCUCUCCUCACCACCACCACGCCCCAUCAUCAUCAACAAUCCUCAACCAAACAACACCAACAAACCCCUCUCUCUCUCUCUUCCUCGCCAGCCGGAUUCCGGCUAAAAAUGGAUGUUCGCCGGCGAAAUGACAAGCCAUCACCCAAAUCAGCCGGCGAACCUCUGAAACCUCACCAGCGUAACGGCCAAGUAACCUCUCCCAAAGCCUCGGACGCUCUGCCCUUACCUCUCUACAUCACCAAUGGCGUAUUCUUCACCCUCUUUUUCUCCGUGGCCUACUUCCUCCUCCACCGCUGGCGUGAGAAGAUCCGCAACUCCAUGCCCCUCCACAUCGUCACCCUCUCCGAGCUCGCCGCCGUCAUCUCGCUAAUCGCCUCCGUCAUCUACCUCCUCGGCUUCUUCGGCAUCGACUUCGUCCAGUCCCUCCUCACCGGCAAACCCUCCCCCGACUCUUGGGAAGACGACGACCUCGUCAUUCUCCAAGACGACCGUCGCACUACCCCUUGCGCCGCCUCAAUUGACUGCUCCUCUCCUCCUCCGAAGGCGGCGGAGAAGAUUCCGAUUCUGACGACGGUGGACGAUGAAGAAAUUAUAAAAUCGGUAGUGGACGGAAAAACGCCAUCAUACUCACUGGAAUCAAAACUCGGGGACUGUAAGAGGGCGGCGGCGAUACGGAGGGUGGCGUUGGAGAGGGUUACCGGGAAGAGUCUAGAUGGAUUGCCGUUGGAGGGGUUUGACUAUGAGUCGAUAUUGGGACAGUGUUGUGAGAUGCCGGUGGGGUUUGUUCAGAUUCCGGUGGGGAUUGCGGGACCGCUGUUGCUGGACGGGAGGGAGUACUCGGUGCCCAUGGCCACCACGGAGGGGUGUUUGGUUGCGAGCACUAACAGGGGCUGUAAAGCUAUAUACGUGUCAGGCGGAGCCACCAGUGUUUUGUUGAGAGAUGGGAUGACCAGAGCUCCGGUGGUAAGGUUCGGGACGGCGAAGAGGGCAGCGGAGUUGAAGUUUUUCUUGGAAGACCCUAUCAACUUUGACACACUCGCCGUCAUUUUCAACAAAUCGAGCAGAUUUGCAAGGCUACAAGGGAUUAAAUGUGCAGUAGCAGGGAAGAAUCUGUACACGAGGUUUAUGUGUAGCACAGGGGAUGCAAUGGGGAUGAACAUGGUCUCUAAAGGUGUCCAGAAUGUUCUUGAUUUCCUUCAGAAUGAUUUCCCAGACAUGGAUGUCAUUGGCAUCUCUGGAAACUUUUGCUCGGAUAAGAAGCCAGCAGCAGUGAACUGGAUUGAAGGGCGCGGAAAAUCAGUUGUUUGUGAAGCAAUCAUCAAAGAAGAGAUAGUGAAGAAGGUGUUGAAGACCAACGUGGCAGCUCUUGUUGAGCUUAACAUGCUCAAGAACCUUACUGGUUCAGCCAUGGCUGGUGCUCUUGGUGGCUUCAAUGCCCAUGCCAGCAACAUUGUUUCUGCAGUGUACAUAGCCACCGGCCAAGACCCAGCUCAGAAUAUUGAGAGCUCUCACUGCAUCACCAUGAUGGAAGCUGUUAAUGAUGGCAAGGACCUUCACAUCUCUGUCACCAUGCCUUCCAUUGAGGUGGGAACAGUAGGAGGUGGAACCCAACUGGCAUCUCAGUCAGCAUGUCUGAACCUACUUGGAGUGAAGGGUGCAAACAAAGAGUCACCUGGGUCUAAUUCAAGGUUAUUGGCAGCCAUUGUGGCUGGUUCUGUUCUUGCUGGGGAGCUAUCCCUCAUGUCAGCCAUUGCAGCUGGCCAGCUUGUUAAGAGUCACAUGAAGUACAACAGAUCUAGCAAAGAUAUCACCAAGGUUGCUUCCUCCUAAGUGGUCAAGUAAAAUAAAAAUCAAAACUCUACGCAGCUCCAAAAGUGGUCACGAAGUGUAUGAUGUAAAUUAAAAUUUUUACUACAAUGUGAGUCAUACUCAGAAUAAAUCUGGUCUACGCAUUUUAUUUUAUGAUUCACUUUUCAAAUUACUUGUUCAGACUCCCUAGCAGUGGUUGAGGUAAAAACACACCCCACUAUACCUCUGUUACUUGAUGUAAUUAAUCAAAAGUCUCUCAAAAAAUAGGCUCCAAGAAAAAACUAGAAAUAAGUUCCCAAUGGAGGGGGAGAGAGAAAUAAAAUGGAGGGCAUGUAGAGGAAAGACAGGAAGUCAUGAGGGGGGAGAAGACAAUAAAAGAUCAAACAAAUGUUAUUUAUUUUUAAGCAGAGCAUGUGAAGAUGAGUCCGUUUCCAACAUGUGUAAAGUAAAAGCCUGCAAUUGUUUGUGAAAUUGUGCAGCAGAGUAGCUGGUUCUGGUUA